CUGGGGAGGGGCGGAGGGAGAGGGCUGUUGGGGUCAGCAGACCUAGGAGGGUGAGGAGGGUGAGUUUGGCCAUGAUGCUCUGGGGGAGUUUGUUGGUAGUUGAUCGGUGGUGGUUGAAAGGGUCAUGGUGGUGGGAUGGGUGAGAGGGUGGUGUUUUAUGAACAUUGGGAUGUGAAGAUGUGAGAUUGCCGUGGGUGAGAGCCGCAUGGUCGGAUUUGAGCCGGGUGGUAAGGUAAAUAGGCCUUUCGAUAUAUAGCCUCAUACGGGCGUGGAGACAUGAACGCAGCAAAGUCUGGCUUGGCCUUCAUGAUUUCGAAACAGAAUUGCUGGUGAGCGAGGCUGCAGUUCGGUCGAGGCUAAAUUGGUAUAGUGAUUUCACCUCAAGGGCCGGUCUCCAAUAUUCCGUUUGGAGUAGGCGUGGAGGUUGUCGAUGCGGGGGCAGUGAGCUUCUCCAUGUUUCGGUUGCUGGCUCGGUAAUCGACUGGGUACGGCGAUCGUCAAUCUUCGUGGCUGAUAUAAUGCUUGCUAUCAUCUUGCACCAACCCUCCCAUGUUGACUUUUUGUUCUAGCACUGACUCUAACAAUUAUCUCAGGGGUAGAAAAGGGGGAGAAGGAGAUGGCUUAUGUAACCCAGCUUGGCAUGACACGGUUGCUAGGCUCCACUUUUGGGCAAGUAUUCCGGUGAACCUGUGAAUAAUUUGAGAGGGGUUGUCUUUUUGUCCUGCGCCUUUGCCUUUGAUUGUGUUGCUUGCCCUGACCACGAACGAGAAAUCGAAACCAUGACUUCUAACACACCAAACUCCGGGGAACCAUUUGUUCCCACUAAGCUCAUCAAGCAUUUUCAGGCGAAUCACACAACCCGAGACGCCCAGACCAGUGGGUGGUCGGCGUUGUGGGACUCGCAGCAGAACGAUCUCUGGGACAGGGGGAAGCCAUCGCCUGCCCUUAUUGACUUGAUCGAGUCUGCUCCAUGGCCGUCGCGUGAGCAAAGGAGGCCAAAGGCGUUGGUGCCGGGCUGCGGAAAAGGCUAUGACGUCGUGAUGCUGGCCCUGCAUGGGUUCGAUGUGUAUGGGCUUGACGUCUCACCGACCGGUGUCGAGACUGCGAGGGCUUAUGCCGCGAAGCAACUAGAUGCACCCCUUGCACACAACUAUGGAGAGGGGAAUCGAGAAAAGUACCCGAAGGAUCAGCGGGGAGAGGUAACGUUUAUGGCUGGUGACUUUUUCAAGCGCGACUGGGAGGGCAAGUGUGUGCGCGAGGGGGAGACCUUUGAGGGUUUUGAUCUUAUCUAUGAUUACACUUUCUUAUGUGCUCUCCUCCCGGAGAUGCGUCGAGACUGGGGCCGUCGAAUGGGAGAAUUGCUCGGGCCUCAACCUGCAAAGCUGGUUUGCCUCGAAUUUCCCCUCUACAAAGACCUCAAGCUUCCUGGUCCACCAUGGGCCUUGAGAGAAGGAAUCUAUUACGAUGUGUUGGCUGGCGGUGGGACCGGGGUUUUUGAUAAUGACGAAGCAGCCCAAUCGGCCCUGCAACGGCCCAACAAGGGACCGCUGGAGCGAGUGGCCCGCAUCAGGCCUUCUCGGACGUAUCCGCAAGGAGAAGGAACUGAUCAUCUGGGCAUCUGGCAGGUCAAAAGCUGGUAA